AUGAAGGAGAUCCCUCCACCCAUGGAUGAUGAGGAUGGCGCAGAUGCUGAGGACAAGGAGCUUGAGCCCGGCCAAAUCCUAGAUGAGGGGAUACACCAGGGGGAGGGUGGUGAUUCUCUUAUGGACGAUACCAAUGAUGUCCCCCUCCCUUCUCAUACUAACAAAGAUCAGGACUGGCCUGACUGGGAUGAUCCAGACAAUUCCUCCACUGGUGCUCUCAGAUUUUGGGCUAUGCCCAGUCAUACCCCACAUCAAUACAAACCAGACGACACAUCGAAGCCCUACAAUUUCCCUCAACUCUCCAGAACCCCUCAAGAUCCGCAGAUAAUGCCCUCGUCUGACGACUCCGAUGCAUCAACAAGGAAGAUAAUGAAAACCCUAAUGCUACAUUCACACAAAGCCAGCAGUACUCACCUUCCUGGUCACACAUCAUCUGAUCAGGACUCCGACCCUUUACCAUCUACUAGUAGCAGAUCUGUCUCUCGCAAGUGGCCACGUGAUGCCACAUCUGAAUUUAAUGCCAAGCUCAACAACGCAUCAGACUCCCUCAUGCGGCACAUUCAGGAUUCAUCUACAGCCAAGGCCAAACACAAGUGUUUGAAGAUCAAGUCCAAGUUGGCCAGUAUGGAGCUUAGAGCCUGUGUCACUCGAGACGAGCGUGAACACAUGCUCUGGAGUGCUUCUGCUGCUCAGAGUCAUGAGCGUGCCAUGGCGGAUGAACAGACAAAGCAACUCGAGUUAGAAAUCAAGCUGGAGCAAGUGAAGUUGGAACACUUGGCUUUGGAGAAGGAGUUGUCUCAUCAGGGUAACUAA